AUGAAGUUUGAAGAUCUUCUUUCAGAGAUUAAUGGAUUUGGAAGAUUCCAAAUAAUGGUCCUAUUCAUUAAUUUUAUUGGUCGAUUCAGUCUUGCAUGUCACUUCCUGUUAAGCAACUUUAUCGCUGCCAUCCCAUCUCACCACUGUGACAUCAGCCAUCUGAAUAUUGAUGGGAUUCUUGGAAAUCUAAGUCGGGAGGAGAGACUGACUGUCAGUAUUCCAGCACAAGAAGAUGGAAUUCCUGCUUCCUGUCUCAUGUUCUCUUAUCCUCAGUUUCACCUGCUGUCAAACUCAUCCAGCACCGCAGAUCUUCCUAUAAUUGAGUGUCAGAAUGGAUGGGAGUAUGAUAACAGUACAUUCACCAGCACUCUGGCGACACAGUGGGAUCUAGUGUGUGACAAAAGAGCAAUGAACAAAUUGACAACCACAAUCUUUUUCAUUGGGGUCAUGUUUGGAGCAGCUGCUUUUGGAAGCCUGAGUGCGAUAUUUGGCCGUAAGCCGAUGCUUUUGGCAUCGUAUGUAUCAGGAAUGGGUUUUGCAGUGGCCAGUGCUUUUUCAUCCUCCUUCAUCAUGUUUGCAGUGUUGAGAUUUUUUACUGGAUUUACCAUCACUGGCAUUGUCAUCAUUUCCUCUGUACUCAAUGUGGAAUGGGUGAGCAUCGAGCACAGGAGGUUGGUAGGGGUGAUUGACUGCAUAUCCUGGACAUUUGGCACCAUGGGUUUAGCAUUUAUUGCAUAUUAUAUUCGAGACUGGCAAUGGCUGACUGUUGCCACCUCAUUGCCCAUCAUUAUUGCCAUUGUCACAUGGUGGUGGGUCCCAGAGUCUGCCCGGUGGCUAAUAGCCAAUGGGAAGAUAGAUAAAGCUCACUAUUAUCUUCGAAAAUGUGCUGCUAUGAACCACAGAAAGGAAGCUAUUGCCAGUAUAAAAGCUGAGACAUUAGCUAAUAUCAUAGUGACUGACAGAAGAAACAGGAAAUAUUCAUACCUGGAUCUGGUCAGAACUCCAAAGAUGAGGAGACUAGAGCUCUUCUCUUUACUCACAGGAAUCACUUGGUUUUCUGUUGCCACUGUUUCCUAUGGAAUUAGUUUUAACAUCUCAGGCUUUGGAUUAAACUUGUACCUGACUCAGUUUGUGUAUGGAGCCAUUGAAAUUCCUGCUAAACUGAGCAUCUAUUACCUGCUGGAAAAGUUUGGAAGAUGUAAAACAGAAACUGGAUCUCUACUAUUGGUUGGAAUCUGCCUCAUGAUUAACACAUUCAUACCCAGAGAUCAGACGACUGCUCGUACUGUAAUAGCAGUGCUAGGAAGAGGCUUCUCAGGAACAUCUUUUGGCACAAUCAUUUUGUACAGCUCUGAGCUUUACCCUACUGUUGUCAGGCAAAAUGGGAUGGGCUAUAACUCCUUCAUGGCACGUCUGGGUGUGUCUGUGGCUCCUCUUAUCUUGCUAUUGGAUGAUAUAUGGAGCCAAGUCAUCCUAUCUUCUAUUGCACUCUGUGCUGCACUGGUGGCUUAUCAGUUACCUGAGACACGGGGCAAGUGUCUACCUGAGACUAUAGAUGAUGUUGAGGGAAUCAGGAGGAAUGGCUUACACCAACAUCUAAAAAAUGGAGGAAAAGAAGACAAUGAGGUUGUGAGAUGACAUGGCAAGAAAUAGUAUUUUUAAGGACCAGACUGAUUCAAAAACAGUAAACAUGUUUGGGCAAUUUCAUGCAAAUGUCAACCUUAUUAUGAAAAGUAAAGUUUUUACCCAAAGUUUUUAAGUUUAAUACUGAAAUCUCAAUACAGUAUAUUUAAUUUCAAUAUUUGCAUGUUUAAAAACCUAGAGUCUCCGGUAAAGCAUUUUUUCCAUAGUUAAGUGUGUGUACAUUUCAUAAUUGGCACAUCCACAAUGUUGAUUCUUCCACAUUCUCAUAUAUGCGGAUUU